AUGGUGGGGAACGUGCCCGUCCCAGUGGGGCCCAAAAUAAAGUAUCUGGGCCUCACACUGGAUGGCCAAUGGUCGUUCGAGGACCACUUUGUGGAGUUGGCCCACAGAUUGGAGCGUGGGGCGGCAGCCAUAAGCCGUCUCAUGCCUAAUCUCGGGGGCCCACAAGUGAUGGCUCGUCGCCUCUAUGCGGGGGCGGUCCGAUCUGUGGCCCUUUACGGGGCACCGGUGUGGGCGAGCGACCUGGAGGCCACCCGUCGCGCCAAGUUAGUGGUGCGCCGCUUCGAGCGGAGGGUGGCAACCAGAGUCGCUCGCCUUUACCGGACCGUCUCCCAUAGGGCGGCGACGGCUCUCGCGGGGCUGGCCCCCAUUGCCCUCCUGGCGCCCGCGUACGCAGACGCGUACGAGCGGGCGCGGAGGGCGAAGGAUCAGGGGGUUCGGCUGACCGCGAGAGCCAAGGAGGUCCUCGGGCGACAGGCUCGGCAAACGGCGCUGCAAGCAUGGCAGCGCCAACUCUCCGAUCCGAAUGACACAUCGGGUCGGAGAGUAGCCGAGGCCAUCCACCCCUGUCUGGCGAAGUGGCUGGACAGGGGAUGGGGCGGAGUCACGUUCCGGAUGGGCCAGGUACUCACCGGACAUGGUUGUUUCGGUGAGUACCUGUGUAGGAUAGGGCGCAAGCUCGGGCCGCGCUGCCACCACUGUGGCGCAGACCAGGACACGGCGCAGCACACGCUGGAGCAUUGUCCAGCGUGGGCGGACGAGCGCCGUGUCCUGGUCCGACACAUUGGUCGGGACCUCUCGCUGCCGGUGGUCAUGAGUUCGAUCACCGAGAGCGAGAGGUCAUGGAGGGAGUUCGCCUCCUUCUGCGAAAGCGUGCUCUCGCAGAAGGAGGCGGCCGAACGCCUCCGGGAACCCGAGCGUCCCGGAGGAUUGCGGCGUCGCGGGGGAAGGGGCUGA